GCUGAGUGUGGUGGAGCAGGGAAUGUGUGUCUGUCGUGAGGAGUUAUCCGUGUAAAAUCCUCGACCUUCGGGUGUUUAUGUGGACAAGUCGCCUUUUCCACACACCGUUUACCCGUGACUGAAGAUGUCCGUGUUCUCGGAGCCUGCUUUGGAGAAGAAACUAUCAGAACUGAGUAACUCCCAGCAGAGCGUGCAGACGCUUUCUCUGUGGCUCAUUCACCACAGAAAACACUCCAAAACCAUCGUCAAAGUGUGGUAUAGCGAGCUCAAGAAAGCUCAGGUGUCUCGUAAGCUGACAUUUCUGUAUCUUGCCAAUGAUGUCAUACAAAAUAGCAAGAGGAAAGGACCCGAGUUCACACAAGACUUUGCCCCAGUCAUUGUUGAUGCUUUCAAACACGUCUCCAGCGGAGGAGACGAGAGCUGUAAGAAACAUCUAGGUCGAGUUUUGUCCAUCUGGCAGGAGAGAGCCGUCUAUGAGAACGACAUACUGGACAAACUUUCAGACGUCCUGCAGGUGGAAAAGAAGGCCCAAAAAAGGCCUUAUGAAGAGAUUAAGGUGAACGUGGAUGAUUUCGCCUGCCAAAGCUCCCCCACUGAACCUCCUCAGACUGCAGAUCUGAUCCGGACGCUGCAGGAGCUGGAGAACGCAGCCUCAAGUGACGCCGCUCUCCGAAAGAGGAUCUCCGCUCUUCCCCCAGAGGUGCAGGACACCUCGCUGUUGCACAAAGUUCAAGAUAAAGAGUCCGGAGAGCGUCUGUCUCGGCUGGUUGAGGAGGCCUGUAUGCUGCUGGCGGAUUAUAGUGGACGGCUGGCGGCAGAAAUUGAUGACCGCAGGCAACUCACGCGCACACUGGCCGUCUUUUUGCAGAGUCAGAGAGACGGUCUGGUCCAGAACGAGCAGAAACUAGAAGAGUAUAAGCGUAAGCUGGCGCGGGUGUCGCAGGUACGAAAGGAGCUUCGAACUCGCCUCAACGGUCUACCAGAUCUGUCCCGGCUCCCGAACGUCACAGGUGGUCAUGUGCGUCUGCCCUCGUCCGGUGAUCUGUACAGCCCAUCUGAUUUAAACACCAUUACAAGUGAUAUUAUGUUCACGAAAAAACCCGAAAAGAUCCAUUUGGUGUCGGAAAACAGUGCAAAGAUGUACACCAUCAUGUCAGAAAGCAUGCCUUCAGUUGAUAUGAAGGACGGUAAACACUGCCAUGAUAAUAACCGUGCUUUGGAGGAUCGAGAGCGGGAGAAGAAGAUCGCCAAGAAGCGUCUGUACAUCGUUUCUGCUGUGUGUCUGGUGUUUAUGGUGGGAGAGAUUUUAGGAGGAUAUUUUGCUGGCAGUCUUGCGGUGAUGACAGAUGCAGCUCAUCUUCUAGUGGAUCUCACCAGCUUCAUCAUCAGUCUGUGUUCGCUUUGGCUUUCUUCCAGACCUGCCACUCGUACUCUUAAUUAUGGCUGGCAUCGAGCAGAAAUCCUGGGUGCUCUUCUGUCCAUCUUCACCAUCUGGCUGGUGACCGGAGUGCUGGUGUAUCUGGCUGUGGAGAGAAUCAUCAAUGAUAACUUCACUAUUGAGGGCACAGUCAUGCUCAUCACCUCCGGCUGUGCUGUUCUGGCCAACAUCAUAAUGGCUCUGACUCUGCAUCAGUCUGGUCAUGGACACAGUCACGGUGGUCUGAGCGCUGGACACGGACACAGCCACGAUCACGGGAAAGAAAACGGACACAGCCAUUCAGACGGCAGCCAUCAUGACGUGGAGGAGCAAAGACCUGGAAAAACUCAAGCCAAUGCCAGCGUCCGGGCGGCGUUCGUACAUGUGAUUGGAGAUCUGCUGCAGAGCAUCAGUGUGCUUGUCAGCGCGCUCAUCAUCUUUUUUAAGCCUGAAUAUAAAAUUGCAGAUCCUAUUUGCACCUUCCUGUUUUCUUUGUUCGUCCUGGGAACCACAUUCACCAUCAUGAGGGACAUUGUUAUAGUCCUAAUGGAAGGUACACCAGCCGGAGUGAAAUAUAAUGAAGUGCGUCAGCUUCUGCUAGGAGUAAAGGGUGUUAAAGCCGUGCACAACCUGCACAUCUGGGCCUUGACCAUGAACCAGGCUGUGCUUUCUGCUCAUGUGGCCACCGAUGAAACGGUGGAUCCACAGGAGGUGCUUAGAGAAAUGACCCAGGUCUGUUUCACAAAAUACAGUUUCCAUUCGGUCACCAUUCAGCUGGAGCCGCAGGAAGAUCAGAGACCCGACUGCAGCCUCUGUCAAGACCCCGCCAAGUGAAACACACACACACACACACACACACUAAAAAGAGGAAUAGUUCACCCAAAAAAUGAAUAUUUACUCAUCAUUUACUCUCCCUAAUGUUGGGCCAACCCAAAAAAAGAUACUUUGAAAAAUGUUGAAAACAGGAAGCCAUUAACUUGUAUUGUAGGAAAAAAAAAAUACAAUUAAAAAUAGUAUUACCCCUGUGACCCGGCCACGGAUAACUGGAAGAAAAUGGAUGGAUGGAUGGAUGGAUUGAUGGAUGGAUGGAUGGAUGGAUGGAUGUCCCAAGCUUGGGUUCCAUCCAAAGAUGUGAAUUAGAUUUAUGUGCAAAACUAGAAUAUUGCAUAAAACAUUAGUGAAUAAAGCAGCGUUUCCUUUCAAUGAGAAACAAAAAAACCCCAAAGUCAUCACUUUCUGAUACCUUACAGCAAAUAUCGGACAGAGAAAUGUAGUUUAAUGAGGUAGGACCAGCCACUGUGGUGUUUUUUCUUCCUUCUUAAAUGAGUUGCUCUUCAUAAUAAGAUGACGAAGACGAAAUGCAAUGAAUGCAAUGUGGUGGCUUUUGGAGCCGUGAGAUGCUCAACACAGGCUCUUUCUGAAAAUAUAGCCCUUUAUAUAUUUCUGGAGAUCGUGAAUUAUGUAACCAGAGGAACGUAUGACUGCAUUUCAGCUUAAAAAUGAACGCUAAGGGGUGGUAUGGUGUUGUUCUGACCUCUUACCUCAGUGUGGACGGCUUUACUGCUGUUACCAGUUUGUCCAGUGGCUUGUCAUGUACAUUGGCGGACUUGAGAUAGAGAGAGGAGUUGACCGCGACAACAGGGUUCGAGUCCAGCGAAAAACGAUUCCAGAAGCAGGUAAGAUAAAAAUAAAACAAACAAGUAAAUAACAGGGUGAGAAUCUGUGGUAAAAAUCAGGCAGCCACGGGGCUUUUCUUUUUCUGGAUUGCUUUUCAAAACACAUGUCGGUUGGGUUUAGGGAAGUGGGUGAUUGGGUCAAUCGGUGCUUUUGAAAACACUAUCGGUUGGGUUUCAGGAAGGAGGAGCGUGGGUCAGUCGAUCACUCAUUCGGUCAGUCAGUUCACAGCGGCCUCUGGUGGAUUUACAUGUGAACAGCAGGUGCGAAUGGCACUUGCGAGAGAAGUUUGAGAUCUGAAACAGCGUACACACCGGCCUCUGGUGGAUUUACAUGUGAACAGCAGGUACGAAUGGCACUUGCGAGAGAAUUUUGAGAUCUAAAAAAGCGUACACAGCGGCCUCUGGUGGAUUCACAAAAACAAAAACUGCAAAAAAAACGUAGCUCCUGGAACGUAUUUGGCACUCUCCAUAAAUGUAUAUAGAGGUACGUCAGAAUCUGAAUGAGGCUGGGUUGGAGAUGCUCUUUGGGAGCGUAGACAGAUGCUCAAGACAGUUCUGGAGGGAAUGAUAAUAGAAUGAUAAUAAUACUUAUGCGGAGAUCUUAUUUCAUAAAUGUGUUUCCAUCCCUUAAUGCACAUUUUUUUCUUAUCAAAUAAAAAGUUUAUCCUACUCAGUUGUGCUCAUAAGUUUUUUAAAAAUGUGUGCACAUCUUGGCAUUCCCAUUAAGCAUUUUUAUGCAGUGUUUUACAAUGCACAUAAAAAUAGCUGGAUGUAAACAACAACAGGUUGAUGAAAACAUGGCUAAUGGCUACCAGUUUCCGGAUUAUUUUCUAAAUAUCCUCUUUUCUGUUCAUCAGAUAAAUAAGUGAUGGAUCAAUAAAUGAUGACAGAUUUUUCAUUUUUGGGUGAACUGCCCCUUUAAAGAAGAGCCCAAAGGGACAAAAGAGCCACAAAACAGAGCAUUUCAAGAGGAUUAUUAUCGUUUUGGUCAUGUUUUAUAACUAUAGUUUUAUUUAGGAUGAGGACUUCUUGGACUUUGUGUUAUUUUUAGUUUUUUUUGUCAGAUUAUUUAGUUUUUGUUGCAUUAUUAUCUUGAGUACGAGAUAGAAGUAUAUAAUGUCAAAUAAUUUCUUCCAAGUUUCUGCUAUGAUUAUGACAAAGCUGCUUGUUUUAAUCUCUUUGCAUGGACAGACUUGUUAUUCAGGGGAAAGAAUGAUUCGAUUCAGCUGUAUUAAUGAUGAUAUGAAAAUUAACUAUUUAUAAGGAUAUAUUGAUUUAAAGAUUGAUUUGUUUUUUUAAAUGAGUGUUUUA